GCGAUAAAUAUUUUGCUAAGGAGUUCAUUAUAAUUUUUAAUUGUUACGAUAUAUCGAUCUGUUUCUUAAUUAAAAAUGGCGCGUGCACUUGUAGGUGUAAAGAGAGUUAUCGAUUAUGCAGUGAAGAUUCGUGUUAAGUCUGAUAAAACAGGUGUUAUAACAGAUGGAGUAAAACAUUCAAUGAAUCCUUUUGAUGAAAUUGCAAUUGAAGAAGCUGUUCGAAUGAAAGAAAAGAAGUUAGUGCAAGAAAUAAUUGCAGUUUCAUGUGGACCAGCACAGUCUACAGACACAUUAAGGACUGCGCUUGCAAUGGGUGCUGAUAAAGGGAUUCAUGUUGAGGUAUCUGGAUCAGAAUAUGAAACUUUACAACCCAUUCAUGUUUCUAAAAUUUUAGCCAAGUUAGCUCAAGAUGAAAAAGCUGAUUUAGUUAUUGUUGGUAAACAAGCUAUAGAUGAUGAUUGCAAUCAGACUGCACAAAUGAUUGGAGGACUUUUAGAUUGGCCAACGGGAACGUUUUGCAGCAAGAUUGAAAAUAAUAAUGGUGAGCUAACUGUUACUCGCGAAGUUGAUGGAGGUUUGGAGGUCAUAAAAAUGAAAACACCAGCAGUUUUAAGUGCUGAUCUUCGUCUUAAUGAACCAAGAUAUGCAACAUUACCAAAUAUUAUGAAGGCUAAGAAAAAACCAAUUAAAAAGAUGACACCAAAGGAUUUAGGCAUUGAUACUACUGCCAAAAUUGAUAUUUUGUCAGUUGAGGAGCCACCAGUCAGAGAAGCUGGUGUUAUUUUACCUGAUGUCGAUAGUUUAAUUGUGAAACUAAAGGAAGGGGGACAUGUUUAAUUGUAUGUUAUGCUUAAAAUGCAGCAACAGAGUUAUCUUACUGUCUUUAUACUCAUUAUAUUUUUUAUUAAA